AAGGCCAAAGCCUCCCUUUCGUCCCCUCCCGGCGCGGCCGGCGACGAUGGGCACCAUGAGCGCCAUCAUGCGGUCCAUCUUGGCCUGCGUCCCCCCGGCGCAAUCCUCCACCUCCGACGGCUCCCUCUCCGCCGACUUCUCCGCCACCUCCCCUUGCGGCGGCGGCGAGGACCGCAUCAGCCGCCUCCCCGACGUGCUGCUCUCCGACAUCGUCUCCCGCCUCCCCGUCAAGGACGCAGCGCGCACCGCCGCGAUCUCCCCGCGCUGGCGCAGCCUACGGGCAUCCACGCCUCUCGUCCUCGACGACAGCGACAUCCUCCCCUGCAGCGACGAUGAUGAUGACGACGACGACGACUACUGCUUCGCGCUCACCGACUGGCACGCCCUCACCGACACCGUCUCCCGCAUCCUCGCCGGUCACCAAGGACCCUUCCGCUGCGUCCGCCUCACCGCGGUCUGCAACUACGCGGCCGCCCGCGACGGCAGCGCGCUCGUCCGCUGGCUUCGCCUCUUCGCCGCCAAGGGAGUCCAGGAUCUCGUCCUCGUCAACUUCCCCAACUGGCCCUUCAAAAACAACCUCCCCGCCGAGAUCCUCAGCGUCGCCUCCCUCCGCCGCCUGUACCUCGGCCUCUGGAAUAAGUUCCCGGACACAGAGGACCUUCCCCGCGGCGCCCACGUCUUCCCGCACCUUGUCGAGCUUGGCUUCUGUCGCACCGACAUCAAGGCCAAGGACCUUGACCGCCUACUCCAGUGCAGCCCCGUGCUGGAGAAGCUCGCGCUCGUCUCCUGCUACGACACCCCGCGCGACGUCCGGGUCCGCAGCCGCAGCCUCCGUUGUGUGCUCUUCUGGAUGUCCAUCGCGGACGCGCUCGCCGUGGUCGUCGCCCCGCGUCUCGAGCGCCUCAUCCUGUGGAACGAGUGCCCUGGUGCCGGGCUCGAGAAGAACUUCCGCAUCAGGGUCAAGAUUGGCCACGCACCGAAGCUGAAGGUGCUCGGCUACUUGGAGCCAUGCAUCCAUGUGCUGGAGAUCGCCAACACCGUCAUCGAGUCUGGGACAAAGCCCAGCCCCCUCACCACCGCUCCAAGUGUCGAGAUCCUGGCAUUGAGGGUGCGAUUUGGAGUACGCAAGGAGGCCAAGAUGCUACCGACCUUCCUGAGAUGCUUUCCCAAUGUCGAGACAUUGCAUGUCAUGUCUACUGAACCUGAUGAGCCCACUGGCAAGCUCAACUUCAAGUUCUGGCAGGAUGUUGGGCCCAUCGAAUGCCUGCAGUCGCACAUCAAGAAGGUGGUGUUCAAGAACUUCCGAGGAAACCGCAGCGAACUCGCAUUCCUCAGGUUCGUCGUUGAGAGAGCACGGCAUCUGCUGAAUAUGGUGGUUGUGUUGGCUGAUGGAGAUCCUUCUUCUGAGGGCAGGCUGGUGGCCAAGCUGAAACCUUUGGCUUGCAGCACCAAGCGGGCCAACAGAGACCCAAAAUUCACAAUCUUGGUGCGCAACGGGGGCAGCUCUUGGAGCUUCCGCAUAGCGUCUGAUCUCUCCCUGAGUGACCCUUUCGAUUGCUGAGGCUGAUCCAGGUGCUAGCCAUAGCUGAUACCCAAUCGUGAUACAUCAUUUCCAUCUCUUUUGCUAAACUAGUCAAGUACUUCGAUUGUCUGAGUACCAUAUAUCCGUAAGCAAGGCACUUAUCUAGAUUAUUGAUUCUGGGCUUAUACAUGUUUUUCUGGUUCGCGGAAAAGAGAACACAGUAUUGAAUAAUGCAGUUUAUCAGAGAAUUAGAGAUAUCGUGCACGCAA